UAUGAAAAAUGAAGGGGCAGGUGCUAGCACAGGCACCGAAGCAAAUUCAUUGCAUUCAGUUUGGAGUUCCGAGCCCACACGAUAUUCGUCAGGCGGCGGAGGUGGUGAUUAACCAGCGCGAUCUCUACACGGCCGAGACUCGCAAGCCUGUCCCCAAUGGCGUACUGGAUCCGCGGCUGGGUGUGUCGAACAAGAACGACAUUUGCGAGACGUGCGGACAAAACAUGUCGGACUGUGUCGGCCAUUGGGGAUUCAUCGAUCUGUGCGUGCCUGUGUUCCACUUUGGCUACUUCAAGAUGACGCAGACGAUUCUGCAGGAUAUUUGCAAGACGUGCGCACGCGUGAUGCUUGAGGAGUCGGAUCGGCGCAUGUUCUUGCGCAGGCUGAGGGCCCCUGGAAUCGAUGGGCUGCAAAUGCGCCUGAUCGUAAAGGCAGUCAAUGACCGCUGCAAGAAGGUCACAUAUUGCCCACACUGUCUGGCAACCAAUGGCGUGGUGAAGAAGGGUGGUCCACUGAAGAUUGUGCAUGACAAGUACCGCCAGAAGCGCACGGCCGACGAGCAGGAGGACUACAGAAAGACGCUCGCGAAUGCGGUAGAAGCCGAUCCACAGCUGAAGCCGUUUGUGGAGAAGGCGCAGACCGAGGAGAUGACUCCGCUGCGUGUGUACCAGCUGUUCAAGAAUAUUUCGGACGAGGACUGCGAGCUGAUGGGAAUGAACCCGGACAGCGGCCGUCCGGAGUUGUUCUUGUGGACCAGCGUGCCAGUUCCGCCAGUUUGCAUUCGUCCGUCGGUCGCUCAGGACGGUGCCAGCAACGAAGACGAUCUGACUGUCAAGCUGUCAGAGAUCAUCUUUACCAACGCGCUCAUUGAGACUGGCAUGAAGCAGGGCGCUGGCACGAUCAACAUCAUGGAGCAGUGGGACUAUCUUGGCCUGGCCAUCGCCAUGUACAUUAACAGCGAUGUGCCUGGCGUGCCCAUUUCGGUGGUGGGCAAGCCAAUCCGUGGCUUCACCCAGCGCUUGAAGGGUAAGCAGGGUCGUUUCCGUGGUAACUUGUCAGGAAAGCGAGUCGAUUUCAGUGGUCGUACUGUCAUUUCGCCUGAUCCCAACAUGCGCAUCGACGAGGUUGCCGUGCCGCAGCGUGUGGCGAAGAUCCUGACCUACCCGGAACGCGUGACGCCGCACAACCUGAAGCGGCUCCAGAAAAACGUGCGCAACGGUCCCGAUGUGCAUCCUGGUGCCAACUUUGUUGUCUUUGGCUCCAGCGGCCAGAAGCGUAUGCUUAUUCGGUCGAUCCGCGAGCAGACUGCCGACAAUCUGCGUGUCGGCGACAUCGUUGAGCGCCAUCUGGUCAACGGCGAUGUUGUGCUGUUCAACCGCCAGCCGUCUCUGCAUCGUCUGUCGAUUAUGGCUCACUCGGCGCGCGUGAUGCCCUGGCGCACGUUCCGCUUCAACGAGUGUGUGUGCACUCCCUAUAACGCCGAUUUUGACGGAGAUGAAAUGAACCUGCAUCUGCCGCAGACUGAAGAGGCACGUGUCGAGGCACGCGAACUGAUGGGCGUUCGCAACAACCUGGUGACGCCGCGCAAUGGCGAGCCCAUCAUUGGAGCCACCCAGGAUUUCAUUACCACCGCGUUCCUGAUCACGCAGAAGGACUGCUUCUACGAUCGGUCUCAGUUCACACAGAUCGUCUCUUAUUGCUUUGAUGCCAACGUGUUCAUCGACAUUCCGCCGCCGUGCAUCAUCAAGCCGCGUCGGCUCUGGUCGGGCAAGCAGAUCAUCAACGUCCUGAUGCGGCCCAACUACGCAACCAAGAUGUCCAUCAACUUGGAGACCAAGACCAAGAUGUUCAAGCGCUCUGCCAUCCCUGAUCUCUGCCCCAAUGACGGCUACAUGAUCAUUCGUAACAGUGAGCUUCUGUGCGGUUCGCUUGACAAGAGCGUCGUUGGUGACGGUAAGAAGAAGUCGAUCUUCUUUGUUGCGCUGCGCGACUAUGGCACGGAGGAAGCUGCAGCGAUCAUGAACCGCCUGGCCAAGCUGUCUGCGCGUUGGAGUUGCAACCAGGGCUUCUCGAUCGGGUUGUCAGAUGUAACUCCGGGCAAGAUCUUGAGAGACCGCAAGGACAAGCUGAUCGCCGACGCGUACAGCACGUGUGACGGGUUCAUUGAUGAGAGCCGGCGCGGUGUUCUUGAGACCCUGCCAGGGUGUGAUCAGGCGAAGACACUCGAUGCCAUCAUCACUAAAGAACUGAAUGCAGUGCGUGAUAAUGCCGGUAUGAUCUGUAUGGAGGAACUUGACCGUUUCAAUGCUCCACUGAUCAUGGCCCAGUGCGGGUCCAAGGGAAGCCCUGUCAACGUGUGCCAGAUGGUUGCCUGUCUCGGCCAGCAGAUUGUCAGCGGCACGCGUAUUGCCGACGGAUUCACUGACCGUACUCUGCCGCACUUUUUGAAGCGCUCGCGCACGCCCGAGGCGAAGGGAUUCGCUGCCAGCAGUUUCUACACCGGCCUGUACCCGACUGAGUUCUUCUUCCAUGCGGGAUCCGGCCGUGAGGGUCUUGUCGACGCAGCUGUUAAGACCGCUGAGACAGGCUACAUGCAGCGCCGUCUUGUCAAGGCGUUUGAGGACCUGCGCGUACAGUAUGAUUCAUCUGUGCGCAACUCGUCGGGCACAGUGGUGCAGUUUGAGUACGGCGGCGAUUCGCUUGAUCCCUACCGCCUCGAGGGUGAUGGUGUUCCUGUUCUCUUUGACCACAACUGGACGUUCAUCAGAAACACCACCGAGGUAUCGCCAGAUGAAGAGCACCUGGCACCAUUCCAGAUCAAGCAUAUCGUCGACAAGGUCAUCCUGGAGCCGCGGUUUGUUGACUGGACCAAUUCGUACUGGCGAGACGAGAUAAAGGAGUAUGUUCACCAGUCGCUGGCGGGACGUCUUGGCGAGCUGCGUGCGGCAUACAAGCUUAAGCCAUACCACGACAUCCCCGCUGAGCUGACCGGCGAGUCCGCUAAGCCCAAGGGCCGUGGGAAGAAGGCAGCGAAGGCAGCUGAUUCCGUGGAGGCGAGCUUGGAAGACAUACUUUCGUGGUCACUGGGUAAGGCUGAUGCCAAUGCACCAUCUGCGGCGCGCAGGAUCGUCGACAACAAACUCGUUGUCACCCGCAUAUGCCUGGAAAAGUUCCUUGACCUGUGUAUUACCAAGUACCAGAGAUCGCGUGCCGAUCCUGGCAGUGCGGUUGGAGCCGUUGGAGCGCAGAGUAUUGGAGAACCGACCACGCAGAUGACGCUAAAGGCGUUCCAUUUCGCCGGUAUUGCUAGCAUGAACGUGUCGAUGGGUGUGCCGCGCAUCAAGGAGAUCAUCAACGCAGCCAAGAAUAUUUCGACGCCUAUUGUCGAAUGCAAGCUGAUCAAUGAAGAGAGCGAGUCGUCGGCGCGUAUCGUCAAGGGUCGUAUUGAGCGCACAUUGCUAGGAGAUAUCACUCAGAGCAUCGAGGAGGUGUAUACGGCGACCAGCUGCUAUCUUGGCGUCACAAUCGAUAUGGAUGUCAUCAAGAAGCUGCAGCUGGAGAUCGACCUGGCCGACAUCUGCAAUGCAAUCGCAAGCGCGCCCAAGCUCAAGAUUGGAAAUAAUGUGCACAUGGAGCCGCCCAAUAAGCUCAGUGUGUAUGUGUCGUCAGGCAACCAGAAGCAGUUGUUCUACCAGCUACAGGUCAUGAGACGUGCCCUGCCCAACAUCAUUGUGCAUGGUGUGCCCAGUGUGCAUCGGGCAGUCAUUAUGAAGAAGGAAAAGGGCACCGGCGUAAAACUGUCUGCGGAGGGAUACGGCCUGCUCGAGUCGAUGAACACCGAUGGUGUCGAUGGACGAUAUACGCACAGCAACCACAUCAUGGACAACCUCAAGAUCCUGGGUAUUGAGGCGGCACGCACCCAGAUGAUCAAGGAGCUGGCGGCUAUUUUCACCACAUACUCGAUCGUCAUUGACCAGCGCCAUCUGAUGCUCUUGGGUGAUCUAAUGUGCUACAAGGGCGAGAUUCUCGGCAUUACCCGGUACGGUAUCGCCAAGAUGAAUGACUCGGUCAUGAUGCUGGCGUCGUUUGAAAAGACAACCGACCACCUGUUCGACGCCGCUGUCUUUGGCAAGCGCGACAUGGUGCACGGUGUGUCUGAGCGUAUCAUCAUGGGCCAGCAAAUGCCGAUUGGCACUGGCAUGUUCAAGCUGCUGAUGGACUAUGACCGCAACAUCAAGCCGACCAAGCGCCCGCUGCUGUUUGACGACCCAAGCCCAAGCACCGCAUCGUCGAUACCAGUAGCUAUUGCUGCGUAAGCUUUCUUUUCACACCAUUCUCCCAGAGUUAUAGAUCGAUUUAGCGAUCUGCCACUA